UUGAAGUGAGUAUCUGUACCUAAAAAUACACGGGAAUGUAAUGUAAUUGUAAAGACAUAUAUGGUUGCAAGGAUCAACUAAAAUAUGGGCUCGAAAAAUGUUGAGAAUUGUUCGUUGAGCAACUCUGAGGAAUCUAGAAGAGAGAUCGAGUACCUACAGCACCAAACGACCUUGGCUUUCAUACCCUCCAUUGUCUUCUUGGUGGUCAUCUCUGUUGUGGGCAUGGCCGGGAACUCGUUGGUGCUCUUUGUCUACUUCAAGAGAUUCAAGAGAUCCGCCUUGAGAGUGUUCAUAAUGAAUCUCGCCUGCUACGAUCUGAUGUGUAAUGUUCUGGUUGUGCCAGGUAGUCUUAUAAAAUUUCGUAAAAAUGGAAUAUCUAAUAGGUAUAGAAAAAUCUGUCGCCCGUUCGGAAAACCAAUAACCAUAACUCAAGCUCGUAUAUCCAUCGUGGUUAUACUUCUACUCUCCCUUGUGCUGUCCGCUCCCUACGCAAUCCUCAACGGUAUUCAAUACAAGAAAACCAACAAGCCCGGAAUAUGUGGGCAGGGCUGUCGUAUAGACGGAGAGUUUAUUGGCACUAUAUGGCCUGUGUUGAACAGUGGGAUGUUUAUUGCAACUUUUGUUAUCUCCAGUAUAGUUAUGGUAAGGCUUUAUGCGUUAAUCCGGUUUAAGACAAGGAGAUUACGGUGUUUUAAUCAAACCAGCACUUCACUAACCACCACCGCUGAUAACUCGAGUGACGCUUUGUUAGAUGGUAAUUCCACGAGUAACAUGGGUAACUCAUUCUUAACUACCACCAGAGCUGACCUUGUCACCACCGGAUAUGACGUCACAGCUUCAGGAAAACACGAAAAGUUAUCCCCCGGUGUGAGUUUUUCAAAACUGAAAACCAAAAGCCGUCACAAAAGAUCUCCCGUGUUUCCCAGAACGAAAAGUUCCUACUUCGAUCAUAUUGUACGUUCGGUUCCUAAUUUAGCCUCAUCGAACACGGUGUUCGGUCAGGGAAGAAUUAAUUUAAGUGAGAGGCGUUGUGACUCAGAACAUCACGUGAAUUGUAUCUUGCGAGUGAAAGUGUACGACUCGUCGCAAAGUGAAAGUAACAUCCACGAAAAUGAAAGACAAACAACGGAAACUGAAUCACAGGAAAAUGAAAGAAAAGCAACGGAAACUGAAACGCGAGAAAAAAACAGAGAGAGGAAAGUGUCGGAAAUGGGUACGGAAAUAAAAGAUGAACGGCAAAAAAGAAAGCUAUCGUCAAAUAGACAUGCCGUUAUUUUGUCGCGGAAUUCGGCUUUCUUUGUUAAAACUUUAAGAAAGAUAGAAAAUAAUCCAACUCAGGAAACUGACUUUAAUACCAUAGAACCUGAAACAAAGAGAAACUAUUCUCAUCGAAAAGAAAGGGACGUUACUCUGGACUUAAAUGAAACUGAUUAUUAUAAAACUUCAACAAUCUAUACUACAAACACAAAGGGAAGUAAAUCUCAGAGAACAUCGUGCAUGUUACUCACAGUUAUCCUGGUCUUUAUACUGAGUUUCCUCCCAUUUCUAGCCCUCGAGUUUAUAAGGUCAAUGGGUCAAGUUUCUCCUAUCGAAGUCGGAUGGGAAAAAUUUGCAUUGUUUCAUUUCUUUCUCCGAUCCUAUCUGCUUAACACAGCAGCCAACCCUAUAAUCUACAGCGCAUUAAAUCUAAAUUUUCGGAAAGAGUGUCUUAAGAUUGUUAGUACAAUGUGUAAUUGUAUUGGUUCGGGGAAAGAAAACAAAGACAAUGACUUGCCUUUGAACACAGAAAACUAUUCGGCGUUUGUCGUUAAGGUUUGAUUUGGUUAAUUUGGUUCAAUAAUUUGGUUUUAGUAAGUAGGCCGUGCAGAAUCAAACCAUUUUUUAUUGUACAAGACUUGAGUUAAAAAAACGAUCAUGUGUAUAUGCCACACACUUCUCUUCUUAUUCUGAAAUCAUGGAGACAUUUUUUAACCACUACCCUAAACUGUUAUAUUUAAAAAGAUUAAUUUUUUUCUACUUAAACUUUGUGAUUUCAUCUUAAAAUGCUGUAAUUGUAUUAACAUUGUUAAAUUUUUAAUAAAAUAAUCAGA